AUGAGUGGGGGGGAACGGAGAGCCCUCAGGGAUCUCCUGCGGAGCUGGGGGAGGGGAAGGGGGAAGGCAGAGCUCCGGGGAUGGCGGCCCGGAGGGAGUGGGGCUGUGGGGUGGGAGAUCCGCAGGGAGACGCAGUGGAACGCUGGGAUCCGGGCAUGUGGUGUUGGUGACUAAGUGCUUGUUUUUUCCUCCCUGGAUUCCACUCUGAGCAGAUUCCUGACCUAACCCAGGGCAGCUCUGUCUUUGACAUUUGCAGCAUGAGCUCCCUCUGCAAAAUGUACUUCAGGGAGCUCCCAAACCCUCUGCUGACCGUAUGAGAAGUUCUCAGACGCAGUUCUUUAUUAUGGCCAAGUCCCUGUCUUCUCCUUCUACAAAGCUGCUCACACUGGAGGAGGCACAGGCACUGAGGGACGUGGGCAGGUGGGGGGGUGAGGGGUGGGACUUGGUGAUCUUAGAGGUCUUUGCCAACAUAGGGAUUCUGUGAUUCUGUGAAUCGAGUCACUAAUUGGAACGAGAGGUAAUCAGCAGCAAACAACCAAAAAGUAAAGCCUCGAGAGCAUCAUGGAAACACGGAAACACUUGACUGAGAUACUAAUGGAGCCACAGGCCUGGUGGGGCCAGGAGGGUGGAUGCGUCGCCCAGUGCCUUCAGUGGCACCAACACUCCGGGUUCCACUCUGUGCUCACUGCUGUUACUCUCCCCUCUCCAGCAUGCGUGCUGUGUGGCCGAGUGGAUGAUGACUCGAGCACCCAACACGCCGGGUUCCAGCGGGGCUGCGUCCGGCACCGGGCCCCUCACCCUGCGCUGGCUGCAAGAGCCACCGCCCUCCUGCCUGGGUGCCCUCAUCCCCUGUGAGGUGUGAUGGCUUCACAGAGGGUGGCACGGAACGGCCACUGUGACACACGGGGUGUGAAACAGAGCUAAGGCUGCAGGGCUCAGGCUGAGCUCAGUGCGACCUGGUGAGUUUGGCACAUGGAGGACGAAGCCCAGAACUGCUGGGACAGAGACUCUGUGAGUGCUGGUCAUCAACACACACAGUGUCCAUGGAGACACAGGAGGCUACUGGCUCAAGGGAGCAGGCAUGCGUGCUCUGCGGCCGAGUGGAUGAAGACUCGAGCAUCCUUGGGCACAAAGCAGAGAACGGUGGAUUCUAUUUCCAUACUUUUUGUGUGCUAUUUGCCAAUGGUCUUUAUGAACGUGUGGAAGGCAGUAUAAAGACAGGCUUUUGCACAGAAGAUCUGGUACGCACAAUGAGGCAGGCAGAGCAGACGCUCUGCUUCGUUUGUGGCAAUCGGGGGGCCAGCAUCACCUGUGCAGAUCCGGGAUGUGACCGCAGCUUCCAUCUCCCCUGCGCCUUGGAGGGUGAAUGCAUCACCCAGUACAUUAGAGAGUUCAGGUCCUUCUGCUGGGAGCACCGCCCACAUCAGGCAGUGGAGGCAACACCAACGCAGGACGCAACCUGCAUCGUCUGCAUGGACCCUGUGGGGGACGGCAGGUCAUACAGCACCAUGGUAUGCCCAGCCUGCCAACAUGCCUGGUUCCACCGGCUCUGCAUCCAGGAACAGGCUCUGCGUGCAGGGAUUUAUUGCUUCCAGUGCCCCCUCUGCAGAGACCGGGUCGGGUUUAUCAGAGACUUGGUCUUUAUGGGGAUCCGCAUCCCAUUCAGAAGACCAACAUGGGAGGACGAGAACACCUAUGCAUCACUACUAGAGAGGCACAGGAGAUGCGAUGCCAGCGACUGCCAUUACCCACAGGGCAGGGAGCAGGCAGAGGGAGAGGGGCCCUGGCAGCUGCUCCUCUGCAGCUCCUGUGCUGCGCAAGGCACUCAUCGGUGCUGUUCCAACUUGAGUCAGAGCACAGCCAGCUGGGAAUGCAACGCCUGUGCUGGAGAGGGCACCGCCUCCAGCACCAACUCAGGUCUUGCUGGAUACGGCACUACCAGCCAGCGCGGACCGGGGCCAUCCCGAGGCUCCGCAACACCAGAGAGGAGCAGCUCCAGCACCACCAGCCAGGCACCAUCGGGGCCAGCUAACUGUUCCCGCGUGCCUGAGAGCAGCGGCCUGUCCAGGCAGCGUGGGACAGGCCAGAGGAGAAUCCGCCCACGUCUACGCCGGGAUGCAAAUAGCUUUAAUGAGCCCCGAGGACACUGUGGGGGCAGCCGUGCUGCAGCGCUGAUUGCUGAGAGCAGCGCCCUAAACUCUGCCAGCCAGGGGACACCAGAGUCCUCAAGGAACUCCCCUGCUGUCGGCUACAACCUCCGGUGCAGACAGGGUGAGCGGGCCCGGGCACGAAGCCGCUCUCCAUUGCAGCGCCGGGCCCCAAAUUCUCCGAGCCAGCCCCGAACACGCCGUGGGAGCAGGCAGGCACCAACCCCAAGCGCUGAGAGCUGCACCAACAGAUGCACCAGACCGGGAGCACUACAGUCCUCGAGGGUUUCCACAGCAGCUGAUGGAAGCCGGUCUAGGCAGCCAGGGCGAGCCCGGACUCGAAGCUGCUCCCCUCUUGAACCUCGGGCUGCAGAGACCAACAGCCAGCCCCGAAGAUGCCGCAGGAGCCGGUCCAGGCGGCGAGGGCCAGCCCAGGGGCGAAGCCGCUCCCGAGUUCCACGUCGGGCACAGAAAACCGACCGACGGCCCCACUGAUGUUGCGGGAGCAGCCGUGUGCAAGCUCCACUUGCUGUGCAAAGUCAUCAGAGACCAUCACAAUAAAACUGAGAGUUCCAUCAUGCCACUGUCAGUUUUGUUCUUCUCUGCCUUUCCCGAGGUGGGCAGCUGUAGGGGCUGCAACCGUGGGGACCCCUUCCCCCCAGCACCCAACCCACUCCUCCCUCCCUGCGGCCUGGUUCAGGCUGAGCUGGGUUCUGGUCCCGACUCCAGCGGGGCGCAACGUUUCCAACACGCAGCGGGGCGGAGGCCAGGCUGGCAGCUGCAGCCCCGUUCUGGGGAUGUUUCUGUCAUCUUGGGCACGUCACUGUG